CUAAAAUUUGAAACAUGUCCAGGGCUACCAUGGUCUGUUGAAGGAGGAUGAAGGUGUCUGGGGUUGUCUGGAUAUGGAGAGGGAUCUUGCAUUGCUCCCUCCCCCUGGACCCCCUCUUGGUUGGCCUCCACCUUCUUUAGACGGGCUACCAGGUCCUCCAGGUGCCCCUCCCUCCCCCCACCCUCAGCCAGUGGGCGGGCACCCAAACGGGGCUCCGCCCCCGGGAAACACAGACAGCAACCACCAUACUGGAGUCAGGAUUCUUCAACUGAGACAGGUUGGAUUCCUCCUCCUUCUUCAGGAUGGUCAGGCGGGUAUAAUGAUUACCCAGGUGUCUGGUACGGCGGUCCCGGGGGCGGUAACACAGUUCGUCCAGAUUCCGACGCAGCUGAACCGCCGUCCCCUGUCAGUAAUCCAGCCACAGAAUCCUGGGAACCUAGGCAAGGAGCAUGUUCCUGGGAAUGGUGGCCUCCAGACCAAUCCCUGGAUGAAUGGUCACUGGUGGGACUCCAUCCACCCCCGUGGGACACAACACAGAAUGCUGGGAAGGUGGGACAUCAAGCCUGGGACAACCCAGGACAAACUAAUCUUAACGGAAACCAUUCAGAUCAAGGAAACUACGGGUCUGGAGAACGUGUUGGUUCAUGGUGAACUUUUAAUCUUCGAUCUACCUCAGGAGGUUGCUGUUUUUAUAGAUAUCUACUUUGGUCCAUAUUCAGAGCUUUUGAAACAGGUGAAGCUUAUUGUUUGGUGUGCGGUUAAUGUGUUGAUCUUAACAUUGGCUUCUCUGACAAUUAUUACGAUGAUUAUUCAAACAAUCAGAGCUCAUUUUAUCCAACCAAUUGGAGCCGGAGCUCAUUUCAACCAACCAAUCAGAGCUCAUCUUAACCAACCAAUCAGAGCUCAUUUUAACCAACCAAUCAGAGCUCUUUCUAUCCAACCAAAUAGAGCUUAUCUUAACCAACCAAUCAGAGCUCCUAUUUUCAUCAUAAUAAUGAUUCAGAGGACCCUGGAUUUAUCAUUAACCAGGGAACGGAAAUUACGAGGAACUACAGCGAGCAACUGUUCCAUGAAGUCCAUGACGUCCAUGAAUCCAGUGAAAUCCAUGAAUUCACAGUUAAAGUACAUGAAUCCACAAUUGAAGUCCAUGAAACCAUGGUUCAUUAACUGUCAAGGGUUUCAGGACAUAUAAAUAAAUCGGUUUUACAGGGUAUACCAGGUUGAAAUAUAAUCAAAAUUUAUGAAUUUA